UUUACUGCACGGUAAACAGAGGAGUGGAGUAAGGAAAUUUUACCCCACCAGUGAAUUGAACCUGAGUCCUCUUGCUUGUGAGUGUCGGACAGUCCAGGAGAGAGACACAGACAGAGAGACGGAAAGCUCACAGCCAGAGUCCGAACAAGACGAGACGAGAGAAGUGCUGUGACAAUGUGGACUCUGAAGGGACUGGGUCUUCUGCUUCUCAUGUUGGUCAUAGAACAUGAAGCAGGCGCUGAGAAUCAUCCGGGACCCUUAACACAGGUGCAGAGCCGAGUCAAGAGACAGAAAAAAGAGUCAACGCUGUCAGUCACCACCAUUCUGGCGUCACCCUUCAUAAGCCAGAAGGCUGGUGGUGGAUUCGAAGGCUUCUGUGUGGAUUUGCUGAAUUUACUCUCCGAGAAGAUAGGCUUCGACUAUGACUUCCACCUCGUCCGAGAUGGAUUCUAUGGCAGAAAGCUAAAAAAUGGUUCAUGGGUCGGGAUGAUAGGAGAGAUCACAAGGGAGGAAGCUGACCUGGCAGUGGCCCCGCUCACCAUCACGGCCAUAAGGGAGAAGGAUGUAACCUUGACCAAACCCUUCAUGUCCAUCGGCCUGAGUAUCCUGCUCCGGAAAGAAGAGGUGACCCCAACCUCCGGCCUCUUCCGCUUCCUGAGCCCCUUCCCCUCGGAGACCUGGAUCGGGCUCCUCAUCGCCUACCUCGUCACCUGCUUCUGCCUCUUCCUGGCAUCCAGACUGAGCCCCGAUGAAUGGAAUGAAAACGAGGAGCACAGCAACCGUUUCUCUCUCCUCGACAGCUUCUGGUUCGGGGUGGGGGCCCUCACUCUACAAGGCGCUGGGCCCCAUCCUAAGGCCGCGUCCACGCGGAUCAUCGGCGCUGCCUGGUGGCUGUUUGUCAUUGUGCUGCUGCUUGUUUACGCCACGCGCCUGACGGCGAUGCUGAGGUCAGACACUCCCAGCCCGGCCAUCAACUCCUUCCAGGAGCUGUUGCAGCAGAAGGACCUCGACUACGGCACCAUCAGGGGUGGCUCCACCUUCCAGUUUUUCAAGAAUUCCAAAAACCCAACGUACCAGAUGAUCUACGACAACAUGGAGCAGAAGGGGGAGUUCGUGCUGGUCUCCUCUAUGACCGAGGCCAUCCAUCGCGUCCAGGAAUCCAACUACGCCUACAUUGGCGAGACAUCGUCACUGGAAUAUGCCGUGGCUCAGCACUGUGACCUGAGAAUGGCGACCGAAGUCAUUGCCCUCCGAGGAUAUGGCAUCGGAGCCACUUCCCGUUCUGGUUUAACCAAGAAACUGUCUGUGGCCAUCCUGGAGCUGCGGGAGGCUGGUGACCUGGACAAUCUGAAGGACAAGUGGUGGAAGAGGUUGUGCAGUCCCGAGGACGUAGCCCAGGGAGGACCGCUGACACCCAACCCCCUGGGCGGCCUCUUCAUAUUCCUGGCAGCCGGCCUGGCCGUGGCCAUGGUGGUCGCUUGCACAGAGCUGGCUCUGAAGUCCAGGAAAGCUGCCGAUCAGAAAAAGAAAUCCUGCUGCAACAUCUUUUCCGAGGAACUGAGCUUCCGAUUCAAGGGAAAGAGCAAGGAUGACACGGAGAAGAGCAAAGCCUGAAGACCGAGGCGAGGAAGGUAGCCUCUCCCAGUUUCCUCACUCUCCCAACCUAUUUCCCCCUUUUCCACCCGAAACGCAAGCGGUUGGGAAAAGAAUUUAUCCGUAAUAAUUAGCAAUUUUUUUUAACAAAAAAUGGUAUUUUUAACGUGGGAGUAAAAGUGACGGAGUUGGGAGACCAUUGAGCUGUGGACAAGGGAGGGCAGGAAGAAUCCUCACAGCAACUGGGACAUGAAAGAGGUGAAGAAUUUACGGAUCCCAAGGUACAGAGGGUGAAGAGUGACGCGUUGAAUGACUUUAGAAUGAAGAGUGUAAGGGUUUCUUGCAAUGCCAGUUGUUGAAUAUCACGCUCCGCACUUUAAUAAUCACAUGCAAUUCACAUGUUAAUCCCCGCUCAUUAAUCUCUGUUCUCCUUACUCACUAUUACUGCACUUUUUUCACUAGUUUUGUUUGGGCUGAGACUGUUUUCAUCUAAUGGUGACGGGUUUUUCUAAAACAAAUUUUUUUUUUUUUUUUUUUAAAUCCUGUAUCGCAAGCAGUUGCUUAAAUAAAUGACUUUAAAAGUGA